AUAAACCUGUGUUUACCUCUCUUGUUUAUGUCUACAUUUUUGCCACUGCUGCGCAUCCACCAAAUUUUCAUAGAAAAAACAUAACAAGAAUCCUUUUAAUCCUUCAGUUUCAGUUUGCUCCCGUAUCCUUGUUUGUAAAGUCCACUUGCUAAAAGCUGUCCUUCAUCAAAUCCCCAAUCAGUGAAAAAAAAAAAUAAAAAGAGAUUGCAAAUUUUCCCACUUAUUUUGGAAUUUCAUAAAAAUGGCCGAAACAAGUGGACAAUAUACAAAACUGCCACCAGGCUGGGAUUGUAAAUUCGAUCAAACCACAGGAAAUUGUUACUACAUAAACUACUUCACCAAAGCAAUGCAGUUGGAAGAUCCCCGAAUCCGCUACAAACAGUUACAAAAUGAAAAAUGCUCAACAGAAUCUAUUCCAAUGCAGCCACUGCAUGGAUCUCCUUACCAUGUGUAUCCGUCAAAUAACUUUCCUGCUAUGCGAGCUUUCCAAGGACCCAACCCGAGUUUGUAUAACAUAUCUGCCAGUCCUCUUUUAUCGACAAAGAGUCAACUGCAAAUGGAAAUGUCUCCAGUGUCCCAUUUGAAAUCUUCUGCACCACAAACACCACGCACAGGAAACAUGUCCCGACGAUCAACAAUUCAAGAAACAUCAUUUUCAAGCCAAAUUGACACCGAUGCUGUGGUGGCAAAAAUUCAAAAUAUGUUUCCUACCGCUGGCGAAAACCAUAUCCGUUUGCUGCUUAAAAAAUACUAUAAUCGCGAAGCGGUUGUUAUAAGCGCUCUUCAGGUGGAAAAGCAUCCAGUUACAAUGCCAGGACCAUUUGUAACACCACCAUCACAGCGUCAUCUGUUCCACAGUAACUCUGCGUUUCAGAUGACACCACCGGCUCGUCGUCCUGAUAUUGGGGCGGGCAGUCAAUCCCGUAUGUCACGAACAGCAAGCCCAAUACCGGGCGGGCGAUUCGGUAGUGUCCUGACUAUGCAUAGCAGUCUUGGAUUCGGACAUGGAUCACCGAAAAUUGGAGAAAUUCGUAACUCACCAAAGCCACAUUCAUCGCCCAAGAUGAAGUUGAGAUAUAUGAAGAACGUAUUUCCCAAAGCUGAUGAGACUUUGCUUCUGGAUAUUCUUGCCAAUUCUGACAAUAAUGUCCAAAAGGCUUCGGAAACACUUAUUGCGAUGGGCUAUGUUAAACGAGAUGUUGCUGCGCCACCAAAACUCACUCUCCGUAAUGAAGGAAAAUCGAAUAAUACGGAAGGCGAGGAGUGUAAUAAAAUAAUUCCGUUGCGCCCGAAGGUAUACACCGAAGAAGAAAAGAAUCAAAUGAAAAUUCGACUACAAGAAAAGUUCAAAGAAAUUGCUGAACGAAUAAUAUCAAUGGCUCUAGAGAGUGUUAAUUAUUCAGAAGACAGAGCUACACAAAUAUUACAAAUUGUACAUGAUGAAGACGAAUGUCGGGCCAAAAAAGAUGCUGAUGCAUUACAAUGUGCAUUAGAUGAAGAUUCUUGUGUUGAUGGAAUACAAGAUGGAAGUAACAACUUACAAGUACCAACAGUUAUAACAACAUCCAUCUCAACUUCAAAAUUAAGUAGUGAAAAAACCAUUCCUGUUCCCAUUACCCUUCCACCAACAACACCAACAAACGAUGUCGAAAAUGUUGCCCGGGAUCAUCGCAAAAAUUCAAAAGUCCACGUCAAGAAGUACAACGAAAAAAUUAUUCCUUCUAAGAUAUUAUCAUCAUUUACAUCAUGCCACAUAUCAUCAUCAUCAUCAUCGUCGUCAUUAUUUCCUAAAUAUAAAUCAAAACCAUCAUCAUUUCUAAAAAAAUUAUUAUCAAAAUCCUCCUCAUCAUCUGAAGAGUAUAAUGCAUCGACAGCAGAUGGCACUGCAUUCAAAUGGCAAACAAAAUCUGAUAAAAUAUAUCCUCGUUCUAAAAACGUUGAAUCUUUGAAAACCUCUCCCAAAGAAUCAAGCGAAGAUGAACAAGAUAUAUUGCAUAAGCAAGAAUUUCAGUCUAUUUUGGGACGUAUCGCAACUAUGGGACAUAAUGCUGAAUACAAUAAAGGACCUGAUGACAAUCUUCUUUUAGCUGAUUAUGUUACCUGGAACGGUGCAAACCCGGAUAUCUCAGUUGGUAGGAAAAAUAUUGCUUUAGGACCAGAUGCAAGUAUUAUAAAAGAACGUUCAUGCUCAGCAAACGGACGAAAUCCAGACUUGUGUAAGGGACCUAAAGCUGGUCUUGCCAAAGGAAGUAUUUACUCUCAAUUAAAGUCAUCUACUAAUACAAACAUAAAAUGCAAUUAAAAAGUAAAUUACCUAUAUACAAUUAACUAACUUUGUAUUAAAUUAUAUUCAUUGUAAUAACAUUUUGAUUGAAAUACUCGAAUUUAAUCUCAUGAGUGGGGCGAUUGAUGUUUGCUAAUUAUUUUUUUUAAAUUAGAGCAAUAUUUGUGCCAAUAACUAACCCCUUUAUACUCGUAAAAAAGAAAAUAACAAAUCAGUCCGUUUUUUGAACACAACAAUAAAAAAUAUAUUUAAAAAUUAUAUUCCAUCCACAAAUCUAUUGAUUUCUUUUUUUUGCUUAUAUAAAUUAAAUUUAUACUUAUUGUCGUCCUGUAGAUUAACUGUACUAUUUAAAUAAUAUAUAAACAAAAAUGAACUAAUUGGGUUUUAGUGCAAUAUUUUUUACUCAGUAUUAUUCUAAUGAAUGUAAUCUUUUUCUAGAAAAAAAAAAAAUCACAUAAUCAUUCGUAAUCGUAUCAUUCCAAAGUUAGCUAAAAUGAACUUUUAAA